AUGUCGAGUGAAACGAAAUUUCGGCAGGACAUGCCUCCGCCAGGGGGCUACCGAGACUUCAACUUUGCUCGAACCUUCCCAAAAAUGGUGUGGAGACCUGGUGUGGUAGUGGCCACGAUCUUCGGGACAGCAGUCUAUGGUGGUUUCCACGCUAUCGCGACAAAAAAAGCUAGUAUAACCGAGAAGUUCGAAGAUGUCGACAUCAAUAACGCCAUGCAGCCCUUUCUAACCGCCGAACGUGAUCGAUAUUCUACUUAUCAACCUUCCCCUGUAUUUUCUCGUGCCAUCUAUUUCUUUAUUUUUCGUUGGCUGAAACUGCUGAAAAAGAACAGGGACCUUGAAGAGGAAGUUAUGAAGGACGUACCUGGAUGGAAGACUGGAACGUGGUAUGGCGAGCCAGUUUACUUCACUUUGGGAGACAAGUGGUGGGACCCUAUCGCUUGCGAAGUGUUUGCACACUCCGACAAGUAUCUUAUGAAGAAAGAAAGAUAUUGGAGUCAUCAUUCCGACUACGCUGCUCCAAAGUUUUAUGACAAGUGGAUACCGAGAUUUAUCGCCAAGUACAUUUGGUGA